GGACAACUGCUGCCUAAAUCUGCCGCUCCUGGUGCCUUGCUUACCACUGCAGUUGCAUUUUGUCAUUCAACCUUUUAUUCUCCUCACUUGUUUUUCUUCUUUUUUUCACGGCUCUUCUUCAUCUCACUUCGUAAGGUCGCUAUCUCGUUUUCUGUGUAUCCGCUCUCCAUUCAUUCAAACCCCCCCCCACCCCCCCCCGACUCGACAUGCGACUCCUCAACGUCAAGACUCUGCAGUUGGAAGAGUUCAGCGAAUAUGAACUCCUCGUUCACAGAACGACAAUUGAACAACUCGCCAUAGCGACUGGCCUGCCCAUCAUCGAGUAUGCCAUUCUGUCUCAUACCUGGGGAGAGGAGGAGGUCGUAUUCGACGAUAUACGUCUCAAUCUCAGGAGCACGAGGCGGAAGAAGGGCUUUGCCAAGAUCAAGAGAUGCUGCGACCAAGCCACCAAAGACGGGCUCAAGUACGUCUGGAUCGACUCCUGUUGCAUCGACAAGCGAAGCAGCGCAGAACUCACAGAGGCCAUCAACUCCAUGUACAAAUGGUAUCAGUGGGCUGACGUCUGCUACAUCUAUCUCUCCGAUGUCGAAGCCGAUGGGUACAGCCCGGCGGCCCACGAAAACGACCAAUUUUCUCGGAGCCGCUGGUUCGGAAGAGGUUGGACGCUACAAGAGCUGCUAGCAUCGACACACGUCAAAUUCUUUUCCAAAGAUUGGGAAAGUUUAGGUCCCAACAUCGUGCGUCAUAAUUUCGAGCGAGACGAGGCCGACGACGACGAAAGCCAACUGUUGACGAAGCUGGCGAGAGUCACGAGGAUCCCGUACGAACUUCUGUCCGGCCAAAGCUUCGUCGAACAGUAUUCUGUUGCCCAGAAGAUGUCUUGGGCGUCGCGGCGAGAGACUACACGUUCAGAGGAUAUGGCAUACAGUCUCAUGGGCAUCUUCAAAGUCAACAUGCCCGUUCUUUAUGGGGAAGGACCUCUUCGAGCAUUUCGACGACUGCAGCACGAAAUCAUCAAAACCACUCCUGAUCAAUCUAUCUUUUGUUGGGUCGCUUACUUGCCGAAGAGAUUUCCGGGCAUCUUAGCAGAGCGUCCCUCGGAAUUCGGAACAUCAUUCGACAUCCAACAGCAUCCCGAAUCUGGGAGCGCUAUAUUUUCAAUGACCAACUGGGGUCUCCAGAUUCGUGGGUUGUCGUUAUUCAAGGUUGAGGACGGUUUUCCCUUUGAAAGAGAUUUCGAAUUAUACUUUGCGGUCCUCGGGUGCACCACAGAGACCAAGCUCGACGAUGGCACAGCUCCCUUGGUGGGCAUAUACCUCACUCGGGUCUUAGAUCCACUAUCUGAUAUGGAUUGCGGCGUAUGGCGGAGAGUUCAUGACACAGAGUGCCGAGUCGAUCCUUCAGCACUCCAGAGACUGUUCUCGAAGGAUAAGGAAAUUUUCGUUGUCGAGACUGACCAGCUCAUCGACCGAGAGCUGAAGGCAAAUAGGAUCAACGAGUGGGAUGCUUCGUUUUUUAGAGCCUGGAGGGGGUUAUACUGAAGCAGUUAUCCCAAUCAUGGGGCCUUAUUGAUAUCCCGAAGUGCGUUUCGUCGGAGAAGCGUACGUGAUACCAGUCCUGGGGCAUUGGGUACCUCUCCAGCAUCGUCCUGG